AUGGGGCUUGCCAUGGAGCAUGGACCUGGUACAAUAUCAAGCCGCUUGGCUGUGGCCAUGGAGAAGUUCCCUGCAAAGAUAGAAGCUUCUGUUUUCUUGACAGCCUUUGCUCCUGAUACCCACCACAACCCUUCUUAUGUCUUAGAUCAGUUCCUGGAGAGAGCUCCCAAGGGAUUUUGGCUGGACACCCAGUUUUCUUCUUAUGAAACCACAACAGCAGAUGAACCUUUAACUUCAUUUUUGUUUGGCCACGAAUGCAUGGCCAAGAACCUCAAUCAGCUCUCCCUUACUUUUUUUUCCCCAUUUUUCUCCUAAAUGGAUUUUAAUUUUUGAGUCGCAGUAAUGAAUUUGGUUCACCACAAUC